UAAAAGUGAGAUCUAUAUAUAACGCCCCUGCUAUCCACCACCUCAUAGCAGAUUAUCAUAGCAACAAAGAAAUCAUUUUCAGAAAUAUAUAGAUCCAGCUGCCAAACUCAAUGGCUUCAAGGCCCGGAAUCCUCACUGAUUGGCCAUGGAAGCCACUUGGAAGUUUUAAGUAUAUGAUACUAGCUCCAUGGGUAGUUCACAGUUCAUAUUCUGUGCUGGUGAAGGAUAAGAGUGAAAGGGACAUAUCCACCUCACUCAUAUUCCCAUUUUUGAUAUGGCGUAUGCUUCACAACCAGAUAUGGAUCACGUUCUCUCGUUACAGAACCGCCAAAGGAAAUACCAGAAUUGUGGACAAGGGAAUCGAAUUUGAUCAAGUUGAUAGAGAAAGAGACUGGGAUGACCAAAUAUUGUUUAAUGGGUUGCUGUAUUACUUGGCAUGUUAUACCUUGCCCGGGGCGUCACGUCUUCCACUCUGGAGAACAGAUGGGGUGUUAAUAGCAAUAUUGCUUCAUGCAGGCCCAGUGGAGUUUCUUUACUACUGGCUUCACAGAGCACUUCACCACCACUACCUCUACUCAAGAUACCAUUCUCACCACCAUUCCUCCGUCGUGACAGAACCCAUAACUUCUGUGAUUCAUCCAUUCGCGGAACACAUAUCAUAUUUCCUUCUAUUCGCAAUACCCUUGUUAACCCUUGUGUUCACAAGAACAAGCUCUGUGGCGGCCAUGGUUGGAUAUGUCACCUACAUUGAUGUUAUGAACAAUAUGGGUCACUGCAAUUUUGAGAUUGUUCCAAAAUGGCUCUUUGAUGUCUUUCCCCCACUCAAGUAUCUCAUGUACACUCCAUCGUUUCACUCUUUGCACCACACUCAGUUCAGGACAAACUACUCCCUUUUCAUGCCAUUUUAUGACUACAUCUAUGGCACCAUGGACAAGGCUUCAGAUGAGCUGCAUGAGUCAGCAUUGAAACGAAAGGAAGAAACCCCAGAUGUUGUGCACCUAACCCACCUCACUACGCCAGAAUCCAUCUAUCAUUUAAGGCUUGGGUUUGCUUACCUUGCCUCCAAGCCUUACAUGUCCAAAUGGUACCUUUGGUUGAUGUGGCCUGUCACAGUUUGGUCCAUGGUCCUCACAUGGGUCUAUGGUCGCACUUUCAUUGUGGAGAGGAACCGUUUUGGUAAACUCAUGCUGCAAACUUGGGCAAUCCCAAAGUAUAGUUCCCAAUUCUUUCUACAAUGGCAGAAAGUUCCUAUUAACAGAAUGAUUGAGGAAGCAAUACUUGAUGCUGAUAGAAAAGGCAUAAAAGUACUGAGCCUUGGUCUCUUGAAUCAAGGGGAGGAGCUUAACAUCUAUGGAGGGCUAUAUGUUAGAAGGUAUCCAAAGCUCAAUGUUAAGAUUGUUGAUGGUAGCAGCCUUGCAGCUGCUGUUGUCCUUAAUAGCAUUCCUAAAGGCACAACUCAAGUAUUACUAAGGGGAAAACUCACCAAGGUUGCCUAUGGUAUUGCCUUUACAUUGUGCCAACAAGGAGUUCAGGUCGCUACAAUGCAUGAGGAUGAUUAUGUAAAGCUCAAAAAGUCAUUCAAUAGCCCUGAAACUAAUUUGGUCCUUGCUAAGAGUUACAAUCAGACGAUUUGGUUAGUGGGAGACGGAUUGACAGAAGAGGAACAGGUGAAUGCACCCAAAGGAACAAUAUUUAUUCCAUACUCCCAAUUCCCACCAAAGAAAUACCGCAAGGACUGCUCCUACCAUUGCACUCCAGCAAUGCAAAUUCCUAGUUCUGUUGAAAAUAUCCAUUCUUGUGAGGACUGGUUGCCAAGGAGGGUAAUGAGUGCAUGGCGCAUAGCUGGGAUAGUGCACUCUUUGGAAGGAUGGACUGAACACGAGUGCGGCUACACAAUGCAUAACAUAGACAAAGUUUGGAAAUCAACUCUUCAACAUGGGUUCAAACCUCUCACUGUGCCAGUCCAAGAAAUUGCGCAUUACUAGUGUAUAGUGGGGAAAAAUGAGCUUGGCUACAUUGUUCUAGCUAUCAAGAAAAUAUUAAUCCCCUAGUUAUGGUUAUCAUUUCCUAAAAUAAGUAUGUAAGGUACUGAACUUUUGUAUGCCUGCAGAUGCUAUCUAUGCGUGUAUAUCCAACAUGUUUUUUCUACUUUGUAUUUUAUAGUCCAUACUUAUUUAUAUUUAAAAGGUUAUGCAA